AUGUGUGUUCCGGGGGAAGGCAUAGAUGCCGCUGUAGCCAAAGGAAAGAUUGACAUCUUGGAGGUGACAAAGGAAACGCUGCAACGAGGGCGCGACGUCGCCAAGAUGCUUGUGCUGGACAACGUCGACACCAGGCGAUUCCGGAACGCGAUGAGGGCAGCCACAGAUGAGGCUGGGCAGCUCUACUUCCGCUCCUUGCUCACGGACGAUAUACUGUACUACCUAUUUUCGGCGCAGGGAGCAUCAGCUUCCCGUUCAUCUUCCAUCGAGGAAUCCGUCGAAUUGCAGCGGAGGAAGCUAUUCAUCGGAAUCUCCAUGCCUUCACCAGCUUCGUUGCAGGAGCGUUGA